CCCCGGCACCUGAGGAACGACCUAGUUCGGAGAGAGSUGGAGGAAGGGACCCCCUGUCCAGAUGUGGAGUGCCCAUUUUUGUGCUCUUCCCUUUAGUUUUCCAGACAGGCGAACAGGGAGAGAACUUGGCACGCCUGUAAAAUUCUUACAGUUUUCAUCUGUCACAGGAUUCCUUCCCCAAGAUGUCACUAAAUGACAGGAGAGCCUGUUAUUAACAGUUCAGUGUCUUUCCCCUUAGGGCAUUCAUUGUUUGGCUGUCAAAUGGCGAGACUAUUCGUGUCUAUAAGAUGACCAAGAAGGAGGACGGCAACUUCACAUUCACUGCAGCAUCCGAGGACUUCCCAAAGAAGCACAAGGCUCCCGUCAUUAACAUAGGAAUUGCAGAGACAGGCAAGUUCAUCAUGACAGCUUCGAGUGACACUACCAUCCUGAUAUGGAGCCUGAAGGGUGACGUUUUGGCCAGCAUUAACACCAAUCAGAUGAACAACGCGCAUGCAGCCGUGUCACCCUGUGGAAGGUUUGUGGCAUCCUGUGGCUUCACCCCUGACGUUAAGGUGUGGGAGGUGUGUUUUAGCAAGAGCGGAGACUUUCGGGAGGUGACCCGAGCUUUUGAGCUGAAAGGCCAUGCAGCUGGCRUGCAUUUCUUCUCCUUCUCUAAUGACUCCCGGCGGAUGGCAACUGUUUCAAAGGAUGGGACAUGGAAGUUCUGGGACACGGAUGUGGAGUAUAAGAAGCAGCAAGAUCCAUACCUGCUUCUGACCGGAAAGUGUGAGGUGGCGGAGCCGUGUCGCAUUGCGCUGGCCCCCGAUGCUCGAGUCGUGGCCAUCUCGAGCGGCACCAACAUUGUUGUGUACAACACGCGGAGAGGAGAGGAGGAGGAGCGCUUUGCUGGUGUCCAYGGACAGUGCAUCACAGACUUGGCUUUUGACAUCAACAGCCGCUACCUGGUGUCGAGUGGGGAUCGCGCCAUCCGCGUGUUCCACAACAGUGCCGGUUACCGGGCAGUGGUGGAGGAGAUGCAGGCCAUGCUGAAAAAAACUGCUAACAAGGCCACUCGCGAGAGGUUAGAGCAGCAGAUCUCGAACGCCCAGAAAGCGCUGGCCGCGAUCUACGGCAAGAAGCACUAGCCCUCUGCCUCUGCAGUGGCACGCUCGGCUUCCUUGUGGGUGUCGAGGACWGUAUUCCACAUUUUGGGAUUUUAAUAACACUGAAUAGCUUGUAAUAAAAGAGCGCCCAGGCUGCUCA